AUGGCCAAGGACCUCUCUCCGGCGAAGUGUAUCCUCUUGACCAUCCACUAUGCGUCCGAGGGCAACAUUAAAGCGCUGCACUCCUUCACGCCCACACGACUCGACGCUCUAUCUCCCAAGCUGGUCUUGGAGAUCCUGUUGACAUAUUUACCCGAAAGUCUCGAUCCUUCAGAGUACACGACAUAUGUCAGCGAGGUCGCUUCCAGGCUGUACCUCGAUGUCGAGAGAGAGGACAUUCACGUCGACCUGUCGCCUGUCAACGACAUCGACGAAGAGCAGGCGAAGAAGCGGGUCAAGAAGUUGAACUUGCUUGACAUACAACCGCCGAGUUUCCCUCCGGACGCACCACCCGACCUUCUCACCAGGUUCUUGUGUCAUCGUUCGUACCGGAUCGAUAGCGAGACCGGACUACUGAACCUGGUGCCCCAACUUAUCGAGCCCUUCCUCAAGCAGAACGAUUACAUCCGGACUUGGUAUAUCAGUGUGGUCUUGCCCCUCACAAGACUGCAGCUCGAAUACUAUCCCGAUGAUGAUGUUGAGGCUCCGAGCUUGAGUAAUUUCGAGAAGAUGGAGGGAAAGGAAGGCAUGGAUGUCCUACUUCGACACGUGACCGGGCCCCAACAGAACAACCAAAGUGGAGGGAGUGGUGUAGAAAGCGAGGUUGCAAGAGACCUGAAGGGCUUGGUUGGCCCCUGGAUGUAUGGCCAUACUGAGCGCAAGAGGCGAAAACUGUACCGGAGUCGAGAUGACGGAACCGCGGAGGGCCUCACUAGAGACAUGAGAAGGAUCAGCCUCAACGGAAUAUCUUCGGAACACAAGACAGGCCAUGACUGGGAGCAUGUAUUUCCAUGGAUGGUCACUCAAGCUCGAGAGGACUUUCGCAGUAUCACGCAAGCCAUUGAGGACUGGGACGGCCCUGGAGAUGUUGACCUCGGAGGCUUCAGUCCCGGAAACGCUGGCACUUAUCUUGACGAAGACACUCAGAGUAAGCUUGAAUCACAGUAUGCGCAGGCUGUGUUCGCCUCCUGCUAUGCGGUCGAAGCAGAUACGGAAGACACAGUCCAAGGCGCCCAUGGUGUACUUGCGCGAUUGGCUGCCUUACUUGACUUUAUCCCUCCUCCUGACCUGGCCACGAGUGUCGAAUCUCUACCCAAACUCGAACGACAUGCAGCUCGACUUGAAAACUCCAAUACCACAGCAGAUCUCGAGCCCAAUGCCCUGCUUUCAUCCGAACACCCUCUCACCACGCCUCGAUUUGAGACGUACAUGCUCCUGCAGAUGAUGGUGUAUAGUGCUUACCAGUUCAAUGGUCUGGGCUACCCCAUCUCGCUCGUUAAUGCCGCGAAACUCCAUUUCUAUGCGGCUCCAGAGGAGCAGCUUGCGACGCUGAAGAAGAUUCUGCAUGGCCUCGGGAACGGUGGUGCUCGAAAAGAUGAUGCGCAACGGACUGCCGAUCGCGCAAAGCUGAUGUGGCUAUGGAACUGGGGUAUUGACUCUGACGACGACUCUGCUACCGAAGGCGCUGGUGUAUUAGGCAAGAUCCCUCGGCAGAGCUUCGAAGAGGAAAUGCUCCGAUGCUUCACUGAAACUAGUGCAUACCAGUUGGCUAUCAAUUUGUACCUGGUGUCGGCUCAGAACUACCUUCCGGCUCAGCGCAUCGAAGAAGUCGUGCUGGAAGAAGCGAUGGAGGCAUAUGACGGCGCCAGCAAUGGCAACAAGACGAGGGGUGGAGUCAAGAAGGCGAACGAUAUCAUCUCCGCCUUCCGACCAUACUUUUCGGAAAGCCCACGCUUCCAAGAGGCCAUAGCUUUGAUAGCAGCGACACAUGCUCUUUCGUUCUACUCGCUAACUUUGCAGCAUGGGGUACCAUUUCAGCCUGUCAGCAUCCGCGUGAGCAAGGAUCCGAUCGGCCUUAUCAGCAAGGUGCUGGAGCAGAAUCCAAGAAGCUACACAAAGGUCGAUGAUCUUGUUAGCAUCAGUCGAAACCUCGUAACUGCUGGCCUGGUUGGCGCAGAGUCGGACAGCGAUGGCGAUGGUGUGAAUGGCCAAGCGGAUCUUGAAAUAAGACGGAAGGACGCCGAGAGAAGAGUCGCUUUUAUGGCUAUUGAAGCCGCUUUACGGGAGGACGACUUCGAGACUGCAUACUCUUACAUCAUGAACCGGCUUUCGCCUUCUAGCGCGGACAUCGAAGCACCCAAAGUUGAGCGUCGUCCGUCUGGAAAGCACCAUUUUCGGAUGUCUUCGAAAGAAUCCGCACGAUCGAAAGCCGCCGCAUCCGACGAUGAUGUAUCGUGGCGAGCGGCUUUCCUGGCUGGACGCUAUCGUCCGGCUUCUGCUUCGCCUCCGUCCCUUCGCCGGCUCGAACAGCGCACGGAGCUACUUUCGCUUGCCCUGCUGCUCGCGCCCGUCCAUCAGCUCACCGAGAUACUCGCGGCGUGGCGACGAUGCGAAGAAGAGAUGACCUCGCUCCAGCGCGCACAACAAGAAGCAGAAGAAGACUUCGACAACCGCGCCCACAAGCGGCAAAACGCAAGCGCUCUGCCAGGCAACUUCACGGUACAGGACGAAGACGAAGGCAUGGUCCUGAACCAGAAACGGAGAGAAAUGGGCAGGAUGACUGGCAAGACUGGCGAAGGCGAGGCGCCGGUGAGCAUGUUUGAUCUCACGCGCAGCGCUGCGCAGGCUUUCAGUAAGAAUGCUUUCCCACUGCGAGGAGCGGCGGCUUCGUCGACGGGAAAUGCUAGUAUGGAGGAGAGCGUGGUGAGCUUGGGCAGCGAGACUGAAGCGGAUGCUCAGCAGCGGGUCAGGAGGAGGGACAUGAUUGCGAACACCGUCUCUGGCGGAUUGGCUAGUGGGCUUGGAUGGGUGUUGGGAGCAACGCCUGCAAGUCAGCAGCAGGAGCGAUGA